AUGUCCAAGAAGUCCGUAAAGUCAGUUGAAAACAUAUUGAGCGAGAAAGGUGUAGAGUUUGAUCUUACGUUUAGCUUCUCCGCUGGAGGCUGGUUUCAGAUGUACCACUUUGGCGCUGCGCAGGCUAUUGUCGAAUCUGGUAUAAUCGAAAAGAUGUCAAGAGAAGGGAGACAUGUGCGGUUUUGUGGCUCCAGUGCGGGUUCUCUGGUUGCAGUAUGCUUGGCUUCGAAGAGCUAUCGCUUCAAAGAAAUACGAGAUUUUGCUUUGGCGCGUGGUGAGCAUUACCGUUCGUCGUUAUUUAACCUGUUCUGUAUGCGGAGAUAUCUGUCUGAGGCACUGGAUUUGUUUGGGGGCCAUAUGAGAAAUUUGGAGAUGAAGCCACAUUUGCAAGCCAUGCUAAAUGAUGGCUCCCUGGAGAUCUUCGUCACGACGCUUCCACACAUGAAACGGAAGGUUGUCGACAGCUUUCUUUCGUAUGAUGAUAUUGCCGAGGCUUUAAAGGCUUCGUGCUGCAUGGCCCCGCUGGUGGGAGUGCCGUUCCGGAUGCGUGCAACAGAGGAAUGGGUGUGCGAUGGCGCUGUGGCUACGAUUCAGCCUCACAAAGAUGAGCCUCGCACGAUUUCGGUCAGUCCUUUCUAUUUUAGCACAGCAACCAUUCACCCUACAGUUUUGGUACCUGUGUGGUGGGGCCUGAGGCCGCCCGAAGCGGUCGCCCACAGGAACCUGUUCGCCCUCGGCUACAAUGACAUGAUUGAAGGCCUGGUGGCAAAUGGGUACAUCCUACCACAAGAUGGUGAGCCGCUUCUAAUGCCAGAAGUGCAUUUUUCGUUUGAACGUAGUUUUCUACUGCGUUUUUUUGACUAUGUACUAGAUGUGAUGGUGAUUAUUUUUGUUCGUCCGUUCGUUGUGGUGUUCAUUUACGUUGAGCUUGCGAUUAUGAGCUUUGUGUACUUUAUGAAGGGUAUGGUGAAGCUGGAUUGCGGAUCCUUGGGGAAAUUCUACGACAAUUUGAGAAACAUGGUGUCACUUCGCACCCUUGGAAGGCUCGUCUUCGGUGAGAAAGUGCCGCACAACGGGCAGCGACUCGAGAGGAGCUCACGGCUUUAUCGUGUGUUUAAUCCGAUUCUGCUCGGUGGGAGAAGAAGCACAGAUCGCGCUGUCAUGAGUCCCACUGGUGCUGUGAUUGGUGGACUGCCGUCGCUGUCGCCAACCACGCUGAAUCGGGCGAGGACGGCUUCGAAGUCGGCGACCCGUAGAUCCUGA